AUGUUGAGCGAAGCUGAAAUUCGCGCUUUGGAAGGCCAAGUCGGUACCGCCGUACGCGAGGACCAAAAGCAUCAUGAGAAUCUUCAAAAUCUACUGCAGCAAUUCCAAUCCCUGCUGCAGAGUUACAAUGGUCUUAAGAGCGAUUACGAGGAGGAAAAAGCAAACCGAGAGAAAUGGAAGAAUCUAGCCAAAGGACAGGAACGUAACCCCUUCGUCCUGGUGCUGGUAGAUGGCGAUGGAUAUCUGUUCAAGGAGCACCUGAUCAAGGCGGGCAGCGAUGGAGGCGUCACUGCCGCUCAGCUCAUGAGCGAGUCCAUUAGAAGACUUUUGCACGAACGACUCCCGGACCAGGCAGGUCAAUGCCGAGUAAUGGUGAGGAUCUACUGCAACCUCCUGGCCCUGUCGAAGACUCUGGCCCGUGCUGGACUGGUGGGCUUCGAGGCACGUUCUUUGUCGACGUUUGCAUCCAAUUUCACUCGCUCUCAGGAUCUGUUCGAUUUCAUCGACGCGGGCGAAAAGAAGGAGGGCGCAGACUUCAAGAUUAGAGAGAUGUUUCGCUUGUUUGCCGAUAAUAGUCAGUGCAAGCACAUUUUCUUCGCGGGCUGCCAUGAUACAGGUUACCUCUCCCUGUUGACUCCUUAUAUUGCCAAACGCAAUCGUAUUACUCUUCUCAAAGCUGCCUCCUUUCAUCUAGAUUUCAAAACACUGGAUUUGCCGAUCGGGGAGAUGCCAGAAGUAUUCAUGUCCGCUCCCUUGGGCGAACGUCAACCUCCAGCUUCUGCUCCUUCUCCUACUACAGCUUUCGCUUCGGCUCCUAGGGCCCCAGUCUGCAAACAUUUUCAAAAAGGCAUCUGCAAAUAUGGCAAUAGUUGUACCAAGGACCAUACAAUGCCAGGCCAACAACUUUCUAGAACGCAGGAAGGUACACCGUCACAGACUUUGUCAACGGUGCGGCACUACGCCAAGUAUCUUCCCUCCAUAGACUCGACAGCCGAGAAACUCAUCCCGGUCAAUAAAGACGGUGAUCGUAUCGAUACUUACUGCCCCAUGCCAUCUAAGGCAGCGUGGGAGACCUAUAACCGACGUAUCAAACAACAGAAACUAUGCAACAAAUUCAACCUCGGUGGGGAGUGCAGUGACCUUAGUUGCGAGUUCGACCACAGUACUAGUGAUGUCGACCCCGCGUGUCUCGCCGUCAUGAGAUACAUGAUGCGGCAGCGUCCGUGUCCCAGGGGUCCCCAAUGUCGGUCUCUGAAGUGCUAUUUAGGCCAUAUGUGCCAGAAGGAAGGGUGCAAGUGCACCAAAUGGUCUAAGUUCGGCCGUGAUACUCACACUAUGGACAUUACAGUUGCAAAUUGGCUUGCGCCAGUCGAACAUGACGACCAAAGCGAAACGACACCUAGUGAGGCAAACUCGGGGUUAAAAUUGAUCGAGUUUGAAAAGCUUCCCGAUUCUUCGGGCGAAGGAGCCGAAGUCAGUCCUACUUGGAACAACGACCUACUAUAA